AUGUCAACAUUCGGAGGUCUGAUGGCAGAGUUUCCGGACGUACGAGUUGAUCAGUUCCGUCCGAUCCCAGGAGAGCGGCCUCCUUUGGCUUGCUUCCUGUCACAUAUCCACAAAGAUCAUCUUGGGGGUCUUGAAAACCUCAAAGCGCCAUUCGUCUAUUGCUCCCCCGCCACCAAGGAAAUUUUGAUCCGAUUAGAAACGCGGGCCAACCGAAGGAAUUUUGCGAAAGGUGUCCUAGAGGCAAGGGUACAGGACUACAAGCAUCUAACUAAGCUUCUAAAGCCAAUUCCAUUAAGGACACCCACUCGAAUCGAACUCGCGCCCGGAAACGACAUUCAAGUAACGUUGUUUGAUGCUAAUCACUGCGUUGGUGCAGUUAUGUUCCUCUUCGAACGCAAUGACAGUGCGGUAUUGUAUACCGGUGACAUCCGCUCAGAGCCUUGGUUCAUCCACGUUGACGACUACAAAUUGCGUCUUUACAAGUCUCUGAGAGGGGCCAAAACCGCAACGGACCCCUCGGUAUCCUUCGUUUCACACGAAGGCCCAAUACUCGCAGGAUACAAGUACGCUAACAACCUCCCUCAAGAAGGUUAUCUCACAACCUGCUCCGAUGUUCGGAUUCAUAGCUGCGAGAAAGGUACAGACUGCGCCGCCAUGACCGAAGAUGUUGUCUUUAUCCGACCCAUCAUCACAAGAACCAGGUCAGGUAUCGAGAUUGCCGAGCCAGGUAUUGGUGAUGAUUGGCAUGGUAGUACGGCUCCAGAGCUUGACCUUAACUGGAGUGAUAUUCUCGACUCGCUUCUGCAAUCAAACAAAAUUAAGGAUGCGGCCAUGAUUACGGAUCUCAAAGAGUUGCUUUGUGCGAGACAGACCGCGCCGGGAGGUACACUCUCUUUGAAUGAAAUCUCGGUUCACUUGCAGAAGAUGAAACUCCCCUUGGAGGAUCUAGUCAAAGCCAUUGCCGUGUCACUGGAAGGAAAGCGCAAGAACAGUGUUCUGGAUAGCCCCAAAACCAACGCUCCAGGUGGUCUUAGCUCAAGGCAGCUGCCCAGGACCAUAACAUUUCCAUACUCUCGGCAUUCGUCCCUGGAGGAACUCCAAGAUCUGGUCAGGAUCUUCAAACCAAGGGAUAUUUACCCGUGUACGGUUGAUGAGAAUAAAUGGAAUGAAAGGAUCAGUAUGCGGACUCUCUUCGGUAACUCUUGCUCUGCGAGCUGCUUUCGUCACGAUGAUGAGAUACGAGCCCAUAUUUUGGAACGAGAUGACCAGUAUUUCGCCGAACAGACACCAGCCAUAGAUAGCCAGAGAUCAACCCAGAAAACAUCAGAUCUUAUAUCGUCCCCUAUAGCAGGCCCUGCUUCAAUGGACCAGCUAUCACCAGCUCGGGUUAGCAGUGACAUUAUUGCCCUCCUUGAGAUGACUAAUUUAGGCCAGAACGUAAAAGUUUUGGCCAAGGUCCGUCAACAACACACAGCAAAAGCAGACGAGUUGGAAAGUGAGAAGUUCAAUGAAAAAGCCUCUGAAUUGCGGUCUCACUCUUCACCCAAAUCUUCACCAAACUUAGUGGAUUUAUCCGCCACCAACCUGGGAUCAGCGACCCAACGUAUUCGCCGAAAAGCCGUACAGGAGCCAGAUCGAACAUUUCAGAAGCGACCGCGACUUGGAGAUACCACGUCGGAUGUCUUUUCACUUUGUUAUGAAGCAAUGACCGCUACUAUUAUGGCACCAUCUAAACUCGAUUUUCAAUGUAUACCCAAAAAUGAUGGUUCAAAUCCCGCCGAUUGUAGCAGCAGUCAAAGUUGUACCAGCAGUGGGUCAUCCAAGCCCUCACAAGACCUUGAUGAAGAAUUGAGUGAUCUUCCACUUGUGUUUAGGGACUCUUCAGACUCAGUUGUGAGGUGUAUUCUUUGUGGUCAUGAAGUUUGGACUGAGUGGAUGGGAUUCUGUACUGCUUGCGAAUUAGGACAAAACUCUAUUCCAUAUUGGGAAGUUCUAGAUCCCAAUGCUGGACCUCGACCGGUCUUCGAGCUACUUGGUAACGAUGAGAAUGGUGGCCGUAUUCCGUCGGAGGUAGAUGAUAUUUGCGCCCCAUACUUGGACUGCUGCUCAUCUGCGUAUGAUUCUCAGGACGACGACUCACAGUUCGGGGAACAAUACGAGGUCAACAGUUUCAUCGACGACGAGCCGCAAAACUUUUCGCUGGAAACGAGCGGUAGCGAGGCAGGCAUCAACCAUGAAACCAGUGUCUCAGAAGUCAGUGGCAGCGAUAUCCGCCAGAGCUACGCUUGGGAGGACGUUACUCUUGUUUCAACCCAGAACAACCACACCGAGGCUGAAAUCGAGUUGUAG